GCGUCAUGUGACCGAGCGGCAGAACGCGGAAGAGGAAGCGAAAGCAUUUACCGCCACCAUAAACAUGACAAGCCAAAUCUAGAAAGUAAGUCGACUGUUUAAAUCGCCGGUUUUAAGUUAAAUUAGAGAGCAGAAACUCGACGGAAAUCGCUUUGUGUCGGACCUUUGACCCGGACGCGGCAGCUAUGGCAGUAAAUGUGCUGUCAUUCCUCCUGCUGAUGUGGUUUUGCUCUCAGGUCGACGGACAGGAGGCGAUUCUGCACGUGUCUAAUGGAUCUACAGUCAGAGAAUACUGUCUGCUGUACAACUCAACCUGGAGCAACGUCUCAGACAGCCUGAGUACAGCUGUGGCCUAUCCGCUGCUGAACCUGACCUCCAGUCAGCUGUGUGUGAGGGGUCAGCAGGACUCUCUGAAGGGUCAGGCUGUGGUGGUGAUGAGGGGCGGCUGUGAUUUCGGUCAGAAGGCUCUGGUCGCUCAGGAUUUGGGUGCAUCUGUACUUCUGAUCGCCAGCAUUAAAAAUAUGCUGACGCCAUCUGUAAACAACUCUGUGUUCAGUAAGAUGAAGAUUCCUCUGGCCCUCGUGAGACACCGGGACGUCCUGGACGCGCUGCAGGUGUUUCCUCAGGGGAUGGAGGUGAGGUUAUACGCUCCUCCUGUUCCUCCGUUUGACGCCAGCAUCAUCGUCAUGCUGAUGCUCGCCGUGUUUACGGUGACGAUGGGUGGAUUCUGGAGCGGCGCGGCUGAGAAACUGAAGCAGACCUCGGGUCCGGUGUGUGACGCGGCUGAGGGACGCUCUGACAGCAGCGAGCUCUCGCUCUACUCUCCGCUGAAGGUGCUGCUGUUCGUGGCCAUGAUGUGUGUGAUGCUGGUGCUCAUGUACUUCUUCUACCGCUGGCUGGUUUAUGUGAUUAUCGUCAUAUUCUGCCUGGCGUCAGCGUCGGCGCUCUAUAACUGCCUGGAUUCACUGAUGACUGCACUGGGCUGCAGC